AGCUCAAUUAAACAUUCCAUUUCGCUUCAUUGUAUUUAUUUUUUAAAUAUUCUUUCGUGAAUAAAAUAACUUUGCUGACAAUUUUUUUUAGGAACACAAGAAAAUUACUGAUGAUUUGCAGUUUCAAGAUAUUCCGCAUGACCCAUACAUUAACGACAAGGGUAAGGUGCAGACUCACACAUUCUCGGACUUCCCUCCCACAGCGGAGUCUGAUGAAGACGAGGUGUAUGACAAAACUCAGCUGAUUAAAGAUGAAGUCAAACAAGGGGGUAAAUCGUUCUGGACAUUUGAGUAUUACCAGCAGUUCUUUGACGUGGAGACGACACAGGUUUUGUACCGUAUCGCCGGUUCUAUGCUCCCCAGACCUGGGUCUAAUUACCUACAGUCCACCAUCAGACCUAAUCCCGAUCUGUAUGGUCCUUUUUGGAUUUGUACAACACUUGUCUUCACAACAGCCAUAGCUGGAAACCUUGCAAAUUAUCUCACCACAGAAGGAAAAGGAUUUAAGUGGAAAUAUGAUUUUCACAAAGUAACAUUUGCUGCAACAGCCAUUUUCAGUUAUUGGUGGGUUAUUCCUGCAGCAUUAUUUGGUUUUCUAUGGUGGAAAGGCAGCAAAGCAAAUUACACAUUCCUGGAGAUUCUUUGUAUAUAUGGAUACUCUCUAGCCAUUUAUAUUCCAAUCUCAAUAUUAUGGGUGGUUCCCUUUGGUUGGCUGCAGUGGACUCUGGUGCUGGUUGGAGCUGGUUUGUCGGGUGGAGUCUUGGCCCUCACUCUGUGGCCUGCAUUUCGAGAGGAAACAAAGAAAACUGCCUGGCUUGUUAUAAUACUCAUUUUAUUGUGCCACACAUCACUGGCUGUAGGCUUUAAGCUCUAUUUUUUCAAUGCUCCUGUGCAUGACGUAUCAACACAGACUAGCCUAGCCCCAACAUCAACAAUGAAAGUCUUCACAUCACCACAUAUACCAAACAAACUGAGUUUAAAAGUUACCAAGUCAGCAACUACUGGGAAUUCACGGAAAAAGAAGCCAACAAAUUUAGCAGCUCGUCCCUCUAAAAGUGUAAUCCCACACUCAACUAAAGAUAAAAUCACAACUAAAGAUAAUAUCAGUAAUAAAAAUAGAAAAUCCGUAGCAAGAGAAACAACAUUAAAAGGAUGAGGUUAAUGAAAUCACAAUGUUGAUAAUGAAUUGUUCUAGAAAUCCAGCUUGAGCUUUUGAGAGAGUUGUAAGGCUGAGGAGGACAAAUUGUUUCUAAUAUAUACAUGUACCAUUAUUGCUGAUAUACAUGUAUGUACACAAAAGUAACACACCUGUAUUUAUUUAUUUAUUGCAUUAUUAUCAAUAUUUUCAAGCAUGACACUCAAUGACAUACCUCAUCAAGUUAUUUCUAAUAUAAAAGAAACAUUCAGUUUCUCAUGAGAUGGAAAGUGUUUCAUUAAAUUUUGACUGUUUUUUUCUCUAUUUUGUGUUCCUUUUUUCUCUCUUUCUUUGAUUAAGAUCUAUGACUUUAAACAAUAAAAGAUUAUUUUAAAGAUUAUUUUUCUUUCCUUAGAAUCUCAUACAAUGAAU